CUAUGUCAAAGGUCUCAAGUCCAGGCCGUAAUAAGUAUGGAACUGGAACAUUAUCUGCGGUGUCUGGAAAUGAUAACAGAUGCUGGUGCCCUGAUGAUAGAAAAUUCCGCAACGGCCAUAUAACUUAUUUCCGGAUGCGUUGAUUUUUAACCCAAACUCAAACUAACCGGCAGCGUCCUCAGGUUUAUUAGGUUGGCCCAUCGGUUCGCCAAGAAGGCGAUAUACGACAGACCGGAAUGUCAUGUUCUAACUUUUACCAACGCUGUUGGUCUAAUCAGACCUACUAUAUGGAAGUUUGACAGCUAAUAUUUAUAAAAUGCAGAACUAACCAAAAGUUAGCCAGACUUAGCUUAAGUAGUCUCAAAGUAUUCUUAAAAAUAAAAAGGAAAUGAACAUUUGUAAAAUUCUUUAUUUAAAUAAUAAGCACUUUGCAGAUAAAACGAUAAUAGAACCAUUAAAAAAAUAAAACGUUUAUUUACCAAAAUACAUAUUAGGUGGUGACACGUUUCUUAAUAUAUAAAAUGCGAUUUAUUUUAUUUUCGUCGGACAGAACCAGUAUCAGAGCUAU